AAUAUACGAUACGUUCCGAAAGGCACACAAUGCGAAAUUUAAAGGUAAAUAUUUUGUUUGUGGUUUAGGGAUAUUUCAAUUUACCGUUCCCAGUGGUAACACUGGACUCCUGUCACCCCCAACCAGUCGUAGGUUUGACGUAGUUUCUCCUUAUUCUUUGCUCUUUAGUCAGUUGUUUGUCACUGCUGUGUGCGUUUGUUGUUAGGAAUUAUUUUCGAACGAAGUUCUGUGAAACAGUUGAACGGGUAUGUUACGCGAACUUUCCUGUUGUUGUUUUUACCGAAGAAGUCAACCGUUUCUCCACUUGAAAACAAACGGCGCUACUGUUCGCAGAGUUGAAAUGGGUUAAGGAAAGUACCGGAUGCUGAGUCCAGGAGCCCGAGGUCGUCUACUGCAGCCUCCAGCAGGCGCCUCCAGCUAUCCGACGACGGAGAAAGGCGCUCGGCGUCCCAAAUGCGCUCGCUGCAGAAAUCACGGCAUGAUUAGUUGGCUGAAAGGCCACAAGAGGCAGUGUCGCUUCAAGGCCUGUGUCUGUGCUAAGUGCAACCUCAUAGCGGAGAGGCAACGUGUUAUGGCGGCUCAGGUGGCUUUGAAACGGCAGCAGGCAGCUGAAGACGCCAUUGCUCUGGGUCUGACAGCUGUUGCCACUGGAACGCAGUUCGGGUAUCUCCCGCCAGGUCCAAUCUUCGGUAUGGCAAUAACCGCUCCUAAAAGUCAAGAUCAGGAUACACCUGGGAACGAAGAUUUAGCCCUGGACUCACCAUCUAUGUCACCAGUUGCUCUAGGAUCUAGUCAUGACGAAUCAGAGACAGGCGAUAUUGGGCCAGGGGGAUCGGUCACGGAUUCUUUGCCGACCGUCACAGACACCGACAAUCCUCAUCCCGAACCCGAAAAGUCACCUUCGGACUCAGAAGAAAACAAAGCAAGACAUCUCACUCCAAUUAUUUCCCCUAAACACGUGAUUAAUCACAACAAUAAAACCACCCUUUCUCCGAAUUCACUAGAAAUGUUGACUAGAUUAUUCCCUAACAAGAAGCGGUCAGUUUUGGAACUAGUGUUGCGAAGAUGUGGGGAUGACUUAUUGAAAGCAAUAGAAGAAAUUGUUCCAAGAGAUGUGUGCCAAAAUGUCGCCAGUGGAAGUUCAAAUCUACAAGGCAGUAAUGCGUUACAUCAAUAUCUAGCUUCGUACAAAUCAACAGUAACAAAUGAAAGCACAAAAGACGAUACACGACGUACCGAUACAGUGAAUUCAGCUAGACCUUCCUCAUCUGUACUUAAAUCAGCUUUUAAACCUGUUUCCCCUUCAACAUCCGCAAAUAUUAGUCCUAAUACAUCGUCAGCUAUCGGCUUUGGCCAUCACAGUAACUUGAAUUCUACUCCAGAAUUUUUUUUAGGUAGUUCAGCGUUGUUGUCGCCACCUACCGCUCAUCAGAGUAGUUUACCGUUCGCAGCGACAAUGUCCUCCCUGCUCGCGUUGCAGAACCACCAAACUAACAACUCCACGACUGGCAGGAUCAUGUCGAGUAUGUUUUACCCUCCCUCCGAUCUUCUAUUUCAAACCCCUCACCUACCAUUUGCGCAUUCAGCAGCUCUGUUCACGAAUUCUUUGUCGCCUUCGUUCUAUAUGACGGCUAGUAACGAGGCAUCGGAUCAACAGUUCUUUAACCCAUAUCGAAACACAGCUGCUUCAAGUUCGAGCGCUGAUUUGUGUUGUAGUGUACCCGGUUGUGACGAGUGCAAUGGAGAUAAUGGAGAUUCGCAUCAGCAAGGCAGAAAAUCUUACUCGAAGAUGUCUGUUAAUUAGAAAUAAAAAUAUUAAAAAAUGUGAUAGAAUUAAAACAAAUCGUAUUUCUACUAGCAAAAAUAAUCCCCUACAACGAAUUUGCAUUCUUUGUUGAGUCAAUCCACCAUCGUUCGAGAAAGAAGCGAUUUGAUAAUAGAUAAAGUGACAACUUUAAAUUAAAUUUGGUACAGUGCCAACAUUCGUACUUUAUCAAGGUUGAAAGAAUGGCUCAAUUAUUAGCAUAAACACUGGAAAUUAAGAUGAAGACUUUUUAUGAGUUUUCCCACUUCGUCUAGAUAAAUGCUAAAAUACGAGUAAUAUGCCUUUUAUUUAAUUCACAUCUGCUUUUAUUUAUAUACUUUAUCAUUCAGAAUAAUUCAUUCAACUCUAUGUGUUAAAUACAGGAAUGUAUCGUUAAAUAAAACUUUAAUUUGGAGAACUUUUUUUAAGAUUGCAUUGGGUAGAUUAUUAGCAAAACGACAUUUUAAGAAAUAUUCCAGACACUUAAUAAUCAAUCAGUCAAUAUGUUUUAUGCGACUGAGAUUCCCUAAGUCCAGACAAAUCUAGUUUUAAAAUUAAUACGUUUGUAUGAGAUGUUGAGGACCGCUAUGUUAGUACCGAACACAAAAAUAUUUGUUCACAGAAUAUGUACCUGUUUAAUUACACUGUUUCGUGAAUCAGUCUUAAUAAACAAUUCCUAAAGUA